CCUUCCCUUCUCCGCCCGCCCGCCCGCCGCAGCUCGGUCCGGCCAUGGCCGCGGCGCCGGGCCCGGCCGCGCUCCGCGUGCGAGUGUCGGCGCCGUCGGACGAGCGCCUGGAGCGCAAGCUGCAGCUGCACUUCCAGUCCCCGCAGCGCUCGGGCGGCGGCGAGUGCAGCCUGCGCCCCGGCCCCGCGCCCGGCACCUACCUCGUGUACUUCGACUGCCCGCAGGCAAAGGAACGGGUAAAAUCACGUAGACAUCAUGAGAUACGGGUGGGCGACAGAAAUGUGGAGAUCUCAAUUGAGCCAGAGUCGGAUGCAGCAGAUCCUGGGGAAAGCCAGUCGGCACCGCUGUCCUCAGGGUUAUCUGCUGCUUCGGGCUUCUUGCAACCUCAGAAGAGUACUGCUAGCCAACGCCUGGGUGAAGAACGUGACAGCAGUUCAUCUAGCGCUUUUACUGACAAGAUUUUUCUCCAUGUGUCUGCCACCUUGAAUACCCACCUGUUCACUAAGCAGCAAAGGGAGGAAGUGAUCAGUAUGUACCCAGGCUUAAAACCAGAAAAAAAUCCUAUUGACCAUGGGAUUGAGAAAGUGACAGGAACCUAUGCAGAUAUUGAAAAAGUGUAUCGCCGCUUUAAUCAGCUCCUCGUAAAGAAUGACCAACGUACUGAUUUUUUACAUGCUGAAGGAACGAAGGAGUUGGAAGAUAAGAAUGGUGUGGAUGGAGCGAACAGUAUUGAAGUGCAGUCAGCUCUCUAUGAAUACUUUAACCAUGUCUGCCAGAAACAAAUUCAAGAAUUACAGCAACGUUUCAGUGUAGAGAUAAAAAGCCAGGAACAAGACAACGGGCUCGUUUCAGUGUACUUCCUAUCUGCUGGGAAUCGUGGGUUGGCAGAAAAUGCUAAACAGUCUUUUAUCACUGCUUUUCAGAAAGCAGUAGUAGAUUUGAAACAAGAGAAAGUGGCGUUUGCAAAUAGUUCUGAGUCGGAUGAAGCAGUACAGAAAGUACACACCAAGUUUAGGGAUAUUCUUGCCAAAAAGCAUGGGAAUACAGUAAUACUCCGGGGUCCAGCAAAUGAGAUCAAAGUGGCAAAAACAUUUCUAGAAGAGAAAAACAUGAACAGCCCAGUUGAAAUAAAUAUGAGAAUAGGAGCUGGAUAUUACACCCAUAAAAAUGGAAUUGAAGUUGAUGCUACUGAAUUUGAAUUGGCAGAAACUAUGUUAAAUAAAGAAAUUGAAGAGAUAACAGUAAAUUUUGAUACUACAAUGGAAAAAAAGCCCUGUCUACAUAGCCGGAAAUUGCGCAUUAUAUUUAAGCCUAAGAACAAGGAUUCCGAUAUGUCUUCACAUGCAUAUGAAAGCUUCAUCACUACAUUUCAGGUUAUUUCAUCAAUGAUCGUUCAAAAAACCCUUCCAUUGAAGCUUCCAGCUGUUCAGGGAAAAGAACUGAAUAAAUACCUUGAUCACCUGCGAUCAGAAAACUUACAUGUAAUAAUCAGGGGAAAGGAAGACAAACUCCUUUUAACUGGUUUAUUGGAUUCCGUGCUUGUUGCUGAAAAGUGCAUAUUCAACUGGCUGGAGAACUCGACCCAAAUGAAAACUGAAACAGCUCCAAUUAAAACUGGAACAGCCUAUGGCGCCCAACAGUCUCAUGGGGCCAACUUUACAGUGACAGCAGGAGUAUCGCAGGAAACUUAUAGAGGAAAAACAGAUAGAUUAUCUUCCGAAGAGCAAUCUAGACCAAAGGCAGAAGGAGAAGAGCAAGCCCAAGAGAGCUGUGCUAUUUGCAUGGAUAAAAUCAGUGAAAAAGUAACACUGUCAAAGUGCAAGCAUGAGUUUUGCAAAGCAUGCAUUGAUAGAUCAAUGCAGUAUAAGCCAGCCUGUCCUAUCUGUAAUACUUUCUAUGGAUGUGCAAAAGGCAAUCAACCAGAUGGAUCAAUGUCUACCUCCACUGUAUCUUAUUCACUUCCUGGUUAUCCUAAAUGUAGUACCCUUGUGAUCAGCUAUCAUAUACCAAAUGGAAUUCAAUCUAAAGAUCAUCCAAACCCAGGGAGACCAUAUAGUGGGGCUCAUCGAACAGCAUACCUACCUAACAACAAGGAAGGAAGAGAAAUUCAGGAGCUGCUUGAGAAGGCUUUUAAUCAAAAGUUGAUCUUCACAGUGGGUCAGUCGCGUACUUCUGGUGCAAAUGAUGUUGUCACCUGGAAUGACAUUCACCACAAGACACAGACACAUGGGGGACCACAACAGUUUGGGUACCCUGAUCCAAAUUAUCUGAAACGUGUUCGGGAAGAACUGAAAGCAAAAGGAAUUGAAUAGAGAAACAUAACAGCUGAGUAUGCUUCAGUUAUAGUCAUUGAAAUAUAUAGCAUUUAGUUGAGCAAGAUGAUUACAAAUGCAAGUAUAACAUUACAAUGCUUCCCCUCCCCCUUGCCUAAGACAGUCAUUCUGCUAUUCUUACACAUGACAGAAUUUGGUUUUACAGUUGCAAUAGGCAUAAUCAGAUAAGGCUGCUGAUGUGCUUUGGUUCCCCUAUAUAUGCCUUAUCCUAUAAACCAUUAGUUUAUAGGGGCUGAAAUUGUUUACGAAGUUGGGUUGAAUUCAGUGAAUAGUUUUGUAUGGGGGGGGAGGGGAAGAAGUUGAAAAUGCCACUUUGUUUCUUUGCUUCGAUACCCAAGUGAAACAUUUCAUUUAAAUUUUCAUUCCAAAACUGCACUUUUCAUUUAAAAAUUACCUGAAUGAAAAAAAAUUUUAAAUAUCUAUUAAGUAUCCUAAAACAAAAAUGUUUCCUUUUAAAUCAAAUGAAACACUUCAAAUUUAACACCCUCCCACCCCACCUACCCACUCAGUUUCUGUCACUUGGACAAAAAUCCUGCACUGAAUUUUUUCCAUUCCUUCAGUAUGGCCCCAUAUUUUGAAAAAAAUCCAUUAAUUCACCCAGCUAUGUGCUCUCUUCAGCUCCUUAUAAGACAUCCAUCCCCCUGGAAUCAACGCACCUUUGGUGAAAACUCUUUAAACAGAGGUAACCAACAUCUAUCACAUGCGGUUCAUCCCCUUUUGUCCUCACUCCAGGAAAGCUGCAUGAAAGUUUUAUAAAAACAGGAAGUGUUGUGGGGUUUUUUUGCAGUAAUGAAGUGUAUCGAACAUGGAAAGUGCUAAUGUGUGAUAUGAUUUUGGAGUCUGUUUCACAGUUUUCAGGUGUGCUAAGUGCCAAAAACUCCAGCUGAACACAUUAGGACCCCAGGUGCCCACCACAUUCCAAAUUAGACAGCUCCAAGUCUUUGAUUAUGUUUAAGAGCCUAAAGAUAAUGCAUUUUAAGCCAUUUAAAUUUAUAUUUUCUUUUGCUGGUAAUUACAGCAUAUCUGCUAGUACGUAGGUAAGGGAUUCUCGGCUGACAUAGCUUUGAUUCUAUUAGACAUGUACCUGUUGAUAUUCUACACCAGUGGUGUCCAACCUUUUUGGCAGACUUGCCCCAACUUGGGGAAGUGCCCCCACCCCAAGCCAGGUUAACCCUUCCCUAGCCCACAACCACUAGUUUUGAGUGGCGAGCAAGAAUCCAAAGACCUGAAUUUGGUGGCAGCUGCAGGGCCAGGGAAGAGCUAACCUGACUCUUGGAAGUGACAUCUGAUGCCUCCUCUCCAUUUACAGAGCACACAGGGCUGCUGUAACACACAUAUCAGCUGUCUGUGGCAUGUGAGCCAUGUAUUCCCCAUCCCUGUUUUACAUUGAAACACAUGCAUCUUAAAUUUUCGCUGCUAUUAUAACACACGUGGCUUUGACUUAGAGCAGUUGGUAAUCGUUAAUUAGCUGUACUGUUAUAAAAUAAAAAUAUUGUCAUCUUUA